UUUUUUUUUAUACCAAAAGUGCACUGGACAAAAAGAGCAUGCACUAAGAAAAUUCCCGGGAAUGGUCGGAACAUUAACUUUUAAGACCAAUGACCCCAUUCCCUCACUAACUGUGCAAAUACAUGUACAGUUAAUCUUCCGAUAUCGAUCUUUUGAAAUGCUCCCUUACUAAUCAAUUUUGGAAUUACUCUCAAUUUGGGUGUAACCCUUUUGGUUUUCCCUGGGUUUAUUGAAGCAAAGGGAGGUAUGCUUAUAUUGCAUCUACGACUUAGGGAUUAAGGGUUGCAUUUUUGGUCACCCUGUAAAAUUGAUUAUUUUUGACUCUUUGUUGGGUCAUGUCCUUCAAUAAAAAUAGAUUCCAGUUGCUGUCAUUUACUAAUUUACUCCCUGAUGAUGAAAUGGUUAAAUGAAGAAUGCUGUAUUGUAUGUUGUGGUCAAAUUGAUAAAGCUGACUAUCUCACCUUUCAAAUGGUGUAUACAGCUGACAUUCUCACCUUUCAAAUGGUGUAUAAAGCUGACCAUCUCACCUUUCAAAUGGUGUAUAAAGCUGACCAUCUCACCUUUCAAAUUGAUAAAGCUGACUAUCUCACCUUUCAAAUGGUGUAUAAAGCUGACUAUCUCACCUUUCAAAUGGUGUAUACAGCUGACCAUCUCACCUUUCAAAUGGUGUAUAAAGCUGACCAUCUCACCUUUCAAAUGGUGUAUAAAGCUGACCAUCUCACCUUUCAAAUUGAUAAAGCUGACUAUCUCACCUUUCAAAUGGUGUAUAAAGCUGACUAUCUCACCUUUCAAAUGGUGUAUACAGCUGACCAUCUCACCUUUCAAAUGGUGUUUAAUACUGACUAUCUCACCUUUCAAAUGGUGUAUACAGCUGACCAUCUCACCUUUCAAAUGGUGUAUAAAGCUGACCAUCUCACCUUUCAAAUGGUAUAUAAAGCUGAGCAUCUCACCAUUCAAAUGGUGUAUACAGCUGGCCAUCUCUCCUUUCAAAUGGUUUUUAAAGCUGACCAUCUCACCUUUCAAAUGGUGCAUAAAGCUGACCAUCUCAUCUUUCAAAUGGUACAUGUAUAUCAAUAGCUUUUCUUCCACCUUAAAGGUAAGGCAUAUCUCAAGCUCAUAUUUUCUCAAGUAUUGGACAAUUCACUGAAUGUUUAAUUGAAGAAAUCAUGUUUUCAACCUGAGUCAUGAACCCUGAACUAUAGACCAUUAUUGUAUGUUGAUUUUGUGUACUUUUCAUCAAAAUGUAAUUUUAGUAAAAUUUGUAUUUUAUGUUUUAGUUUUCAUUUUCAACGAGUUUUCAACAUUGAAUAUAAUAAAAUAACCAAUGAUAAAUAAUACAUGUAUGUUUUGUUUUUGUUUUAUUUUAGUUUUUAAAUGCAUUAUUCAGAGAUGAGUAUCAUUUCUGCAAAUACACAAAAUACAGAAGCCACUACACUACAGUGGAACCUGUAAAGUGGAACACCUCUAGAAGUGGAACAC